CGGGUUGGGACUUUUUCCCACCGCUCAGUUCGAACGACGAAGCCAUGAACAGCAAUGAGCAACAGCAUCGUUGUCCAGGUCGGACAAUGCGGGAACCAGAUAGGCUCCCGCUUCUGGGACAUGGUUCUUCAGGAACACGCGCGCAACAACCGCAAAGGGGUGUACGAUGACGCCCUAUCGACCUUUUUUCGUAACGUUGACAAGUACGGAAGCCAUGUACCGCUUGGUGAUGGUAAAAAGAGGAUAACGGGCCUGAAAGCCCGUGGUCUGAUGGUAGAUAUGGAGGAAGGGGUCGUUGGACAAAUCCGGAAGUCCCCACUUGGCGAACUAUUCGACUCAGACCAGGCUGUGAUCUCGAACUCCGGCAGUGGCAACAAUUGGGCGGUCGGCAACUGUGUGUACGGACCUAUGUAUCGCGAGGAGAUAUUGGAGGGCAUAAGGAGGCAGGCGGAAUGGUGCGACUCUUUGCAGUCGUUCUUCAUGUUGGGGUCCCUUGGUGGAGGAACGGGCAGUGGACUGGGCAGCUUCAUAUGUGAGACGCUUGCGGACGAAUAUUCGGAGGUGUAUCGAUUUUACACGACGGUGAUGCCGAGUGAAAAUGAUGAUGUAGUGACGUCGCCGUAUAACAGUAUCUUGUCCCUCUCGAAACUCAUCGACACCGCCGACUGCGUUCUUCCCAUCGAGAACGAUGCAUUGCUGGAUAUCUACGAGAAGGUUGUCUCACAGACGGAGACGAGGGCAAGCGCCCGGACACGCAAGAUGGCAUUAACGGACAAUGGGGAUAAAGCGAUGGGCGGUUUGUGUGGAGUGAGCGGGCGGAAAACGCAUCCAUUCGACGCGAUGAAUAACAUUGCGGCGAAUCUCUUGAUGAACAUGACUAGCUCGAUGAGAUUCGAGGGAAGCAUGAAUGUGGAUAUCAAUGACAUCGUGACGAACCUUGUCCCUUUUCCACGUUUGAAGUUCGUCAUGUCAAGCAUGACACCGCUCUACACUUUGACUGACUCCUCGGCAGCCCCUCGAAGAGUCGAUCAAAUGUUUUUGGACGCAUUCAGUAGAGAUAGUCAGCUUAUCAAAGCUGAUCCCAAGGCACAUCGAUACUUAGCAUGUGCCUUGGUGGCUCGUGGGGAUGUGGAGAUCUCCGACAUACGGCGAAACAUCGAUAAGCUAUCAUCGCAACUCAAGUUUGCAUCUUGGAAUCGGGAGAGCUGGAAGACGGGCAUCUGUUCAGUGCCCCCAUUAGGCCAGCCUCGAUGUCUGUUGGCGCUGGCAAACAAUUGUGGAAUUCGGAAUAGUCUUACAAGGUUGAACGGGCGGUUCAACAAACUGUACAGACGGAAGGCCAACCUGCAUCAUUAUACGGAACACAUCGACGGGGCUGACAUCGCUUCCGCGGCUGAGAACGUGGUUGAUGUUAUCGCUUCAUACACUGAGCAGGAGGGCCGGUGACACAUCGGUCGCACAAGUGUGGAUGCCACAGGAAUGGGCCCAAACGGAUGUCUGUCGGCGUCAUAUACCAAUGCAGCUGCGAAACGAUGUGCCGGACACCCCGAGGUUCCUUAUCUCUUGAGGCCAAGGAGAGGACGGCCGUCCUCGUUCAACAUGCAAGAACAGCUCUUCACGACCCAGGCGCGUUCCACAGACUCUCAUCCGGUGCGGCCUGUGAAUUCUCAACGCAGGGCUCUGGUGCUCUAGGUGUAGCCUUCCAGUGCGGAGAUACAAUGUCUUUCACACAACGAUUUUCGCCUUCUGAUAGAUUCCGCAUAGUCUCUCGUAUAUAUGUAUACAUGGUGAUGAAAUUACAUUAGGCGGCCAAACUGAUAUCUGCAACCUGGAGGAGAAGU